AUGGGUGAAAGGACAGCCCUGCUCGGCCAGUGCGCCUGCAUGCGCCUGCACGGCAACCUGAUCGUAAAUUACCUGCUGCGCGCGGUGGGGAGCUCCAGCACCGUACCAAAGCUCGUGCACAAGGACCCGCCCCGGCCGUUCGACAAAGUGUUCUACCUCUACGAUCCCGACGCCUUCUUCCGGAGCUACCGGACCUGCAUCGAGAUCAUCCACCAGAUGCUCGCCCAGACGCCGGUCGUCGGCGAGUUCGACCUCGCCGUCGACAACUGGGACGAGUUCCUGCCACACCGUCUGGCCACCUCUAUAGUGGGCGGGUACCGAGACGCGACCGACCAAAACAUGGGCGUCGCCCCGCCCUACGGCACCGUCGACGUGUUGGUGACCGUCCGUGUGAACGCCGUGUACAGCGAGCCUAAGGCGCUGCUCCUCGCGUGCAAGCAGGUCACGGCGGCGCACUGCCGGUUCAUGGCGGCGGCCCGAGGAGUCAAUGCGGGUACCUCGGAGUGCUGCGUGUGCAUGGAGAAUCUGGCGGCGCACGAGGUCGACGGUCCCGACGCCCUGAUGUUGCCGUGCUCGCACGACUUCCACGCCCGGUGCCUCCUGCCAUGGUUCCACCGGCAGUCGACGUGCCCGAUGUGCCGCCGCGAUAUGAUCACGUACCUCGUCGCGGCCACCAAAACCCCAAAGGGCAAGUUUCCAGGCCAAGAGGCUCGAGUUGAUACUCCCUCCAUAAACUAA